AGUCGUUUUAAAGUAGUUUUCUAUGAAUGAUUUUAAUAUCAAACUGUUUUAUUCACCAUGACCAAUACAGUUUUAAGUAAUACUGUUCAUGCUAUAUCAAUUAAAUUAAAUUUUUAAUAACAAUGCGUCAUGAAUAUUUAUAGUUAAAACGGUCAAAGUUAAGUCUUAAGAUUUUCUAGUUGUCUAAUAAUUGUGAUGCUUAAAUAAAAAUAGGAGUGCUUCAUUACGUCUUCAAUCUUCAUGAUCCCAAGUGGUGUAGCGAACAGACGGGAGUCAAGGACUGAUAGCCAGUGGAUAUCAUGGAUGAUGGAAACAACUUAAAUCAGCAUGAUGAGGAGGAGUCAUUUUCUUAUAGAGCAGAAGUUGUCCAUUUUCUAGAAGAAGACGGCACUGAAUUCAUUGUUGGGCCAGGGAUUUUCCGUACUUGUGAGCCAUCUCUAGCUCUUGAUGAUGGAUCAAAACUUACUGUAGAAAAUGAUAUCAAAGUGAUAUCUAAUGAAGUAGAAAGCCUAAUAUGUAGUACAGAAAGACUAAGUAGUUAUAAUGAAGACACGAGGGAAGAGUUGGUCUCAUUCAACCAUCUACCAAGGGAAGUUAUUUUAAGUAUUUUUAGCUUUUUCUCAGUUGUUGAACUCAAUUUACAUGUGAUACCUGUGUGUAAACGAUGGUAUGAUAUAGGACAUGACCCUAGUCUGUGGAAGGAAUUGGACUUCAGCAGACUCAAUGAAAUUCCAUCCACUUCUUUAUGCAGCAUUAUUUCUAGAGCGAGCUCAUUGAAAAAGCUGAACUUGAUGGGAAGGCUUGAUCUGACAACAGCAGAAGUAGCUGUUUUCUCCCAAUACAUUCCUAUGUUGGAGUCUCUCAACAUAGGCUUCUGUAGUGGUGUUAACAAAACUGUGAUAGAAUAUUUCUUGAGGAACUGUCCACGACUGACAAAGCUGAACACCGAGGGCUGCAUGUCUGUAGAUGAUGGUGCUGCAGCAUCGAUGAUCAAGGGAGAGAACCUGCAGGAAUUCAACUUCUCUCACUGCUGCAUCACAGACGAAAGCAUUGUACUGCUGGCCUCGAGGAUGAACAGAAUUGUCUCACUUAACAUUGAUGGCAUAUCCUGGAUCUCAGACAGUGCUGUGAUUACCCUGGUAGAUCAACAACUCAACAAUCUCCGAGAACUGAUGCUAGAUGGUGCUGAACUAACAGACAAAAGCAUUCAUCACAUUGCAAGGUGUGCUAAACUGAACAAACUUCAGAUUUCCUUUUGUGAAGGACUAACUGACCAGGCCCUAAAGUACAUACAGACCCUCCAACAGCUGACCCAUCUGAAGAUGAGGAAAGGUUUGUACUUCUCCACGGACGGACUGCUGUCACUAUUCACCUGUAAAUCCAUGUCCAACCUAGUGGAGCUGGAUUUCUCAGAAAACACUCAGUUUGUGGACGACUGUGUUAUUCAGCUGACAAAGUGCUGCGGCCCCAAGCUUCAGUACUUGGCUCUGUCCUGGUGCUGGGAUAUCUCUGACCCUGGAAUCAUUUCCAUCGUGGACCAUUGCAGGAAUUUAAAGGUUCUGGAUAUCAUAGGUUUGCACAAAAUAACAGGAACCUACUUUAUACGAAUUCCAGAGGAAAUGCCAAAACUUCGACUUCUCAAUUUACAACAGUGCAACAGGAUAAUUGAUGAAUUGAUAGAGGAUGUGAUCAGAAAAAAACCCGAUCUUCGAGUAUUCAAUUACUAUGGAGAGCAGUUUGUUCACGAGAAGGGGUGACAUUUACACCGAGGGGAAUGCUUGGCAACCAGGAACUUGUUUACUUCACUAAUCAGAUUCCUGAAAAGAAGAUUGUGAUAUUAUCCGAUAAAAAUUCUUUGUGAUAGACCUUUGUGAUGACCUGGUCAGUAGGAAAUAGAAACUUAAAACUGAGGAGACAGCUUCCAUGUAUCCAUUUAAACUAUUACAAUUUACUGGCAUUACAAAUGUAUUUGUGUGCACAUUAAAUUAUUUACAAUUUGAACAAUGUUGUUUUUACUUUCGACAUCUAUGACAUACCUAGUAUACAUGUGGUUUAGGUGGCAACCUUUGACAAGUAGGAAUAUUAUAUACCCCGGUACCUGGUAUGUUUAUUGCAAUGUAAUCAAUAAAUGUAAUAAGUUCUGAGUAUUAAAUGAUUAA